AUGGAUGUGUCCGUGGAUGUGUCCGUGGAUGUUUCCAUGGAUGUGUCCAUGGAUGUGUCUGUAGAUGUGUCCAUGGAUGUGUCCGUGGAUGUUUUUAUGGAUGUGUCCAUGGAUGUGUCUGUGGAUGUGUCCAUGGAUGUGUCUGUGGAUGUUUUCAUGGAUGUGUCCAUGGAUGUGUCCGUGGAUGUGUCCAUGGGUGUUUUUAUGGAUGUGUCCGUGGAUGUGUCCGUGGUGUACCUGCGGAACCUGGGCAUCGAGCAGUCCCCCGGCUCCAUCCUGGCUCCCUUUGUGCCCCAGGCCCCCCUGCAGGAGCUGGAGUUCUCCCCCUGGCAGCUGAGGAGGCUGCAGCAUCCCCUGGGCACGCUGGCACAGGGUGCACUGCUGCCAGCCUUUGAGCUGUCACAAGCCAGCUGUGACUCGGCCCUGUCCCCUCUGAGCGUGUCCCUUGCCCUGGGCUCCGAGGCUGCCUGGGGUCUGCUGAGCCCCCAGGACCUGAGUCCCCAGGCCUCCUGCAGGGACCCUGGUUCACCCCCCCCAGCGCUGCUGAGGAGGGAGGGGGAUCCCAGGGGUCCCAGUGGCAGUGGCAGCGGCAGCAGCAGCAGCAGCAGGCAGUCCCUGGCUGCCCGUGUCAGGGAGCUCCUGGGCGCUGGCCCCCCUGGCAUCGACACCAGCCAGAUGCUGAGGAGUGCAGAGGAGCAGGAGAGGAGGAUCCGAGCCUGGGUGAAGCUGAAGCUGUCCCAGGAGUCUGGGCCAGGCUGGGGUGAGGAGAGGCAGCCCAGGAUGGAGGGAGCAGAGGCAGAGCUGCUCCCCAGGGCCAGGAAACCUGCACGAGCCACGGACCCGUGGCUCUGUGGUCUGGAAGCAGCUCCUGAGUACCUGAGAAAGCAGGAGCAGCAGCUGGAGCAGCAGCUGGAGCCCUUCCAGGCUCCCAGGGACAGGCACAGGCAGCUCUCCAGGGGGGAGCUGGGCAAGCCGAGCUCCCCCACCACCCUCUGCUCCCCCCUGGUGCCCCCAGCACACAAGUACCCCGAGUUUGGGGGUGCAGCUGUGGCUCAGGGGGACAGUGCCACACCUGGGGGGCGCAGGGCCAGCCAGGAAAUGAGUGCAGGUCCCAGCCCAGUGUUCUCCUCCAGGCAGCAGCUGCAGGGCAGGGCCAGGGCUCAGCUCCGGGCUCAGGGGGCACAGGGGACCCCCAGCUCUGCCCCUGCUGCAAAACCUGCCGGCAGGGUUUGUGAUGCUGCCGCUCAGAUCACCGUGGAGAGCCCCAGCAGGAGCAGCCUCUCGGCAGAAAUCUGUGUGCACCCCCAGGAGAAGGAAAGCGCUGCCCUGCGGUCUCUGCCCAGCACCCCCGAGCCCCCCGUGCCAGCUCCAGCCCACACGGAGAUCCCUCCCUUCCCCAGGCAGCCUGCCCAGCCCUUGCUGCUGCCCUACAAGCCCUGGGGCAGCACUGGGAUGUAUUAUGUGCCUCAGCAGCAAUCAGCAGCCAGCCUGUGCCCAGGGGAGCCCGAGGCCAGGGGAGACAGCUCCCACUCAGGCUCAGAGGAGGCUCCUGCAGGGCUCCUGGCCCCAGUGCUGCCUCUGAGGGACAAUCCCAACCCCAUUCCAGCUGCCCAGCAGAGAGGGACAGCCCAUGGCCACAGGGCCAGGCCUGAGCUGGCCUGGCCUGAGGAGCAGAGGACGCCACUGGAACGGUUUUCAGAGCUCGCAGAUGGUGGCAGGAGCGUGAAGCCCCCUGGAGCUGUCCAGCAGCUGGAAGAGGGACUUCUGUCCUCUUGGCUGUUUUUGCAGGGCUCCAUCCCCUUUUCCUGGGACUCCCCUGGUGCCAGCAGCAGUUCCCGGGGGCCCAGCUCUGCCCUGGGCAAGAAGCGACGGGCACGGAUGCUGAAUAAAGGGAUCCAGGCAGGAGCCCUGGAGAUCGUCAGCAGUGCCACCAGGAGGAACACGAGGGACGUUGGGGUGACCUUCCCCACGCCCAGGAGCAGCCAGCAGCUGCAGGAGCCCCCAGGGCCGAGCCAGGAGGGGCCAGCAGGAGGCUGGCAGCAGCCCUGGGCACAGCAGGGCACGGACAGACAGAGCACGAGGAGGAGCAGGCUGCACUGGCAGCAAGGGACGCCGUGGCUGGUCCCAGCAGAGGACGUGCAGUGUGACUGGAGGAAGGAGAACCAGGGCAGUGCCCCUGCUGGCCCCGGGCCAGCCUGGUUCGAGCCCUGGGGCAGCGCACAGCCCCGGAGGGAGCCCCUGCGGGAGAGGAACUGGGAGCGCCAGCCCAGCAGCGCCCGGGGGGCUGCCAGGGGGCUGGGGCAGCCCCAGGCCAAGCUGUCACUGCAGGAGGCGCUGGCCCUGCGCCGCCCCGAUUUCAUCUCGCGCUCGGGGCAGCGCCUGCGGCACCUGCGGCUGCUCAGGGAGGAGAGGAGGCUGCAUAGGGAGCAGCUGGCGCAGCUGGCGCAGCUGCUGCCAUCCCAGGGGGAACAGCUGGAACAGCUGCGGCCGUCCCAGCGGCUGCUGCAGCCUGCAGGGAAGAGGAAGGAGGGCAGGACUGCCGCUCACCUGGUGUCUGACCGAGGUUUCCUGAUGAAAGAAAGAAGAAGAGCAAUUCCCAAGAAGGAAAUGCUUCAAAGGUCUAAAAGGAUCUACGAGCAGCUGCCCGAGGUGAGGAGGAGGAGGGAGGAGGAGCAGAGGAGGCUGGAGUACAGCUCCUACCGCCUGCGGGCUCAGCUCUACAAAACCAAAAUCACCAACCGUGUCCUGGGCAAGAAGGUGUCCUGGAGCUGAGGGAGGAUCUGCAGGCAGCUGGCUCAGGCAGUAAAUGAUUCUGCAGCCCC